UCAACUCAGCGAGUCGAGCUUUACCAAGAAGGUCAAGUUGGGGUUUUUGUAUGUUGUUUUGAUUUUUGUUUAGGUCACUCAGGUCAGGUUACUUUUUAAACUAGACAGUGAGAGAGAUUGGGUUCAGAUCUGAAAAGUGUUCUCUCUUCGGGCCAUCGGGUUCUCCGGCGUCGUUUCGUUUAUCUAAUUCUGUUUACUUGAUUUGAUUAUCUGAGAAUAUGUAACGACGCCUUUUCUUCCUCAACCUUAUCCUCCUCGACUAAAGCCAUUAGGGGCUAAGGAAAGCUGACCACAUUACUCUAGUUAGUUAGAUCCACUUCCUUUCCGUUUUCAGAUAAUUCACAUUUCAAUCUGAGAUCAUCCACCGUUCAAGUACUCUUGUGAACAUGGAUUCUGCACACGAUGUGUUCAACAACAAACGCGCUCGAUUGUUUGAAGACCGUCAAAUAGAAGGCACUAGGGACACUCAGCCAUUGAUCCCUGAAUCUAAUGAAGGGUAUGACGGUUCUAACCCCACCCAGAGCUUGUUCACUGAUUCUAAACCUGAAGAGACACCGAAAGUACCUAAGAAGAGAGGAAGGAAGAAGAAGAAUCCUAAUCCCGAGGAUAUGAGCUCGUCGACGACUCCGGAGAACAGCUCAAAGUUCUACAAGAGUGCUUCUGAUAGAAAGAGAACUGUAACUGCAGAGGAAAGAGAGAGAGCCAUCAGUGCAGCCAAAACCUACGAGCCAACCAAUCCUUUCUUUAGAGUUGUUCUGCGACCAUCUUAUCUCUACCGAGGCUGCAUCAUGUACUUGCCUUCUGGGUUUGCUGAGAAGUACCUAACCGGGAUAGCUGGUUUCAUCAAGCUCCAGCUCGGGGAGAAACAAUGGCCAGUGAGGUGCCUUUACAAAGCAGGGAGAGCUAAGUUUAGCCAAGGAUGGUAUGAGUUCACACUCGAGAACAAUAUAGGGGAAGGAGAUGUUUGUGUGUUUGAGCUACUCAAAACUCGAGAUUUCAUUCUGAAAGUCACUGCCUUCCGCGUCAAUCAGUACGUUUGACACACUACAAAAAAAGCUAUCUGAUGUCCUAAAGUUCAGCUUCAUGUAGGGUCUUUUAACUAGUUUAUCUAUCUCUCUUGCAUUUCUUGGAGAAUCAGUCUGGUUCUCUGGGUUUUAGAUGUGUUCUGGGUGAAAAUUUCAGGUUCCUAUGUUUCGUUGUUGAUAAGUAUUUGAGAUUUGGUGCAAAAACUCUCUGUUUGAGUGGUAGUUUAGGGUCAAUAGUAGCGUUACAAUUAAGUGCAUUGGACUGGUGAGUGAAUCAGAAGAAUGAUGUUUAUGUGAAUGUUGAUUAUGAUUGUGGUACAAGGGCUUUUGAUUUGUUUCACCA